AUGGAAGAUGCCCUUAUGUCCUUGGAGUUGAUCAAAAACAUCCAUGACAUGAUGGUGAGCAAGACGUAUGACUUUCCUAUUUUCAGAGAUAAGGGCUCUCUUUCAGAAAAUAACGUCGGAGGCCGAAUCAUGCUUGAAAAGAACGGAAAAACGACAAAUUCCUUUUUCGGGGAUGUGACAGCAGAACGGAUUACUGCUCUUCAGGAAGCUUACUGGAGUAUGGCAUCAGCACUUUCUGAAGCAGAUGGAAUUGAUUACACUGAUCCUGAAGAGCUUGAGCUGUUGAUCACAACUCUUAUAGACCUCGAUGCAAUGGAUGGCAAACAAAGUGUAUCUUUGUUGGCAGAGUGUUCUAGCUCCCCUGAUGUUGGGACUAGACGAGCUUUAGCCAAGGCGCUGGCAUCCGCACCAUCUACGUGGACUCUUGGAAAUGCAGGGAUGGGAGCAUUACAGAGGCUGGCAGAGGAUAGUAACCCAGCCAUUGCAGCUGCAGCAUCAAAAGCUAUUUAUGAACUGAAAAAGCAAUGGGAAAUAGAAGAAGGGGAUAGCUGGAGGUUUAUGAUGGAUGAAAGCAGCAAAGAAGAAAAAUGA